CAUCUGUCCAUGAGGCAUCUAUGUUUACUUCUUGCGAUAACAGCAUAAAAUGCCGGAUCAGCCCCUCCCUAAGCUCUAUGUGUACUAUAUUCAUCCGUUCAUCAUCCAAUUAACACCAUGUCUCAGAAAGCUCUCGUGAUUUCCGACGAUUAUCAGCCGGUUCUCGUCACUGAUCGCCCUAUUCCUAAGCUUCGCGACAACUUCAUUCUUGUCAAAACUGUCAGCGUGGCUUUGAAUCCGACCGAUUGGAAGCAACUCGAAAAUCGCCCUACUCCAGGCGCCUUGAUUGGCUGUGACUAUGCCGGCAUUGUUGAAGAAGUUGGUAAAGGUGUGACCAAGCCCUUCCGCCGGGGUGAUCGCAUCUGCGGUUUCGCACAUGGCUCCAACGCUGUCUAUCCGGAAAACGGCGCCUUUGCUGAGUACAUCGUCGUGAAGGGUGAUGCUGCAGCUCUCAUUCCAGACUCGCUGAGUUUUCAAGAAGCAGCCACAUUGGGAGUUGGUAUCGGUACUGUCGCUCAGGGUUUGUAUCAAGAUAAGAAGGGGCUAGGACUCGCACUGCCCACCAAGCCUCUUUCCCAGCCUGAGCCUGUCCUCAUCUAUGGAGGCUCAUCAGCUACGGGCUCGCUGGCCAUUCAAUUUGCCAAGCUAUCUGGUUAUACCGUGAUCACCACUUGCUCGCCCCGCAACUUUGAUUUUGUGAAGCAGCUGGGUGCCGAUCUCGUUUUCGACUACCGCGAUCCAGACGCUCCCAAGGCCAUUCGUGAAUACACCAAAGACGGGCUAAAGCUGGUCUUUGACACCAUUGGAGUGAAGGACGCUAUCAAAUUCUGUGACAACGCACUAUCUACUCAAGGCGGUGAAUACGUUACUCUAUUGGUAGACAAGAUCGAUCGAGAGAAUGUGAACUCACGCUGGGUUAUCGCCUAUACUACUCUUGGGGAGUACUUCAAGUAUGGCCAGUGGGAAUUCCCUGAGGUCCCCGAAGACUUCGAAUUUGCUGCAAAGUUCUGGGAUAUCACGCAGCCUUUGCUUGCCGAGGGUAAGAUCAAGCCCCAUCGGCCAAAUGUUGUCGCUGGAGGUCUUAGGGGAGUCGCAGAGGGACUGGGCUUGAUCAAAGAAGGAAAGGUCAGUGGCGAGAAAUUGGUUUAUAACAUCGCCGAGACUCCCUGAUCUCAUCGACAGCUUUUGAGGAAUGGUGAUGUCCAAUUUCAUGUUCAGCGAUAUAGCGGAUGUUUGGUUGUUAUUGUCCUUUUAGAAGAAUGCCUGCUUGUCAAUCUUAGAAUCUCCAAUCUUUUAUAGAGACAUUCCUAAAGCCCUUUCCCUAAACAGAAGAACCAUUCGUAAUAUCAUCACCCAUCCCCCACGGCAAGGUAAAUCAUACAGAAUUGGGCGUCAUUGACUCCGGGUUAUCAUCAGCUUGUGAAUUACCAAAGCGACAAAAAGCCCCUCUCCUGUCAUGAUUCAUCUUCUAUUCCCCUCCCUUCUAUCUAUAUUUGCCUGCACUUUGCAAUAUUUUCCUCUAUUCUGUCGGUAUAAUUUUUGAAGAAAGGCUUAUUUCUCCAGGCAGUCAUCAAAUCGGAAGAAGAUUCCAUACUUGAUUGUUGACGUGGCUGUCUAUAUAAUUGUACUAGGGUUGCAAUUAAUUAAACUGACCGUAUCCUCUUGUACUCACGUUGAUAUAAAGAGAGCGAAUGAAAAAGAAACAAAACAAACAGGUCAAUGGCAACUGUGGUGCUCUACUGCUUCCUCCGUCCGCUCUCUAUACUGUGCCCAGGCCAACAUACCACCACUAACGACAAUCCGGCAGACCAUGUUGCGACUAAGACCCUCCCGUCGUAUUCCCCAUGCUAGGGCUAGCAAUGAUAUAGCCAGAAAGACGAGGCGCAAGUUCUGAAGGCUAGCCGCAGUCACGGAACCAGCAAAAACUAGAUCAAGAACAGUCUUAGGCGGGACUGUUAGAUAGACUGCAGAUGAUUAAGUAAGAAUCAAAAUCACUUACCGGUAACCAACAACACGAGCAUGAUAACAAUGCGAAACCUUCUGGUAAAACUACCGAGCCAUGUUGAAGGACGCGCGUUGAAAGACUCUUUUCAUUUGGAGUUGAAUUCGUGGCUUCCUUUUUAACAGGAGGGCAAUUCUCACACGACAUCUUUGAUAGGAACUUUUUCCUGAAAAAGCUGGGGGUUAUUAAUUUUAUGUGGUUGACGAAAAGGGUUUACU